ACCCAAACCACAACGAAGGCGACGACGCAAACCCCCGAGCGGAGGCGAAAAGGAGCGAUUUUUUAGGGCGGAAUUCGAAGCGAAAAGGAGCCCCUUUUAUCCCCCUUUUACUCUGUUGAAUCCCCCUUUUCCCUCUCUCUUUCUACGCCGGGAGGAGAGGAGAGGGUGGGGGAGUCGUGGGAUUCUUUGCUGCGCCGCUUCAUUCGAGGUUGAUAUGAGGUUUUGAAUCGGAUUUGGGCGAUUUUGGUCUGGUUUUUGGUCUAAUUUUGGAGGAUUUGCGGGGUUUCGGUGUUUGAUUUGCUUGGGAUUGGAUGGUGAUCUGGGAACAUGUCUACAUUUUGACGUGAUUGGGUUUCGCAAUAAAUGGCAACUCAAGUCCAUAUCACAGUAGGGUCUCAGGUCUGGGUCGAGGAUCCCGACGUAGCUUGGAUAGAUGGGGAGGUCAUCGAGGUCAAUGGCGAUGAGAUUGAGAUCAAAUGUACUUCUGGAAAGUCGGUUGUGGCAAAAGUGUCCAACGUCUAUCCCAAGGAUGCAGAAGCAUCACCAUGUGGUGUCGAUGACAUGACAAGGCUAGCAUAUCUGCAUGAGCCAGGAGUUCUGCAGAACUUGAGAUCAAGAUAUGACAUGAAUGAAAUUUAUACUUAUGUGGGAAGUAUACUAAUUGCCGUGAACCCCUUUCGGAGGCUUCCUCAUCUUUAUGACAAACACAUGAUGGAACAAUAUAAGGGUGCCGCUCUUGGUGAUCUGAAUCCCCAUCCUUUUGCUGUUGCUGAUGCUGCAUAUAGACUUAUGAUGCGUGAUAGGGUAAGUCAGGCAAUCCUGGUAAGUGGAGAAAGUGGUGCCGGCAAGACAGAAAGCACCAAAAUGCUUAUGCGUUAUCUUGCUUAUAUGGGAGGAAGAGCAGAAACUGAAGGCCGAACUGUGGAACAGCAAGUUCUUGAGUCGAAUCCUGUUCUUGAAGCAUUUGGUAAUGCCAAGACUGUCCGAAAUAAUAAUUCAAGCCGUUUUGGAAAAUUUGUUGAGAUUCAGUUUGAUGAGAGUGGGAGGAUUUCGGGAGCAGCCAUAAGGACAUAUCUUCUUGAAAGGUCUCGUGUCUGUCAAAUAUCCGAUCCAGAGAGAAAUUACCACUGCUUUUACAUGCUGUGUGCUGCACCACCUGAGGACAUUGAAAGAUUUAAAAUGGGAGAUCCUAGAAUGUUUCACUAUCUUAACCAGUCUAACUGCUUUGAGCUUGACGAUGUGGAUGACUCGAAGGAAUAUUUGGAUACUAGAAGGGCCAUGGACAUUGUGGGAAUUAGUCCCGAUGAACAAGAUGCAAUAUUCCGUGUUGUGGCUGCUAUUCUUCAUUUGGGCAAUGUUGAAUUUUCAGAAGGAGAGGAAACAGAUUCAUCUGUAUUAAAAGAUGAGAAAUCACAAUUCCAUCUCAAAACGGCUGCUGAGCUUUUCAUGUGUGAUGACAAAGCUCUUGAGGACUCAUUGUGCAAACGUGUUAUUGUGACACGUGGGGAGAGCAUUGUAAAGAAUCUAAAUCCAGAAGCCGCAGUUCUUAGUAGAGAUGCGUUAGCCAAAAUUGUUUACUCACGUUUGUUUGAUUGGCUUGUGAAUAAGAUAAACUGUUCAAUUGGUCAAGAUCCCCACUCAAAGUUUCUAAUUGGGGUACUGGAUAUUUAUGGCUUCGAAAGUUUCAAGACAAACAGCUUUGAGCAGUUUUGUAUCAAUUUGACUAAUGAAAAGCUGCAGCAGCAUUUUAAUCAGCAUGUUUUUAAGAUGGAGCAGGAAGAAUAUACAAAAGAAGAAAUUGAUUGGAGUUACAUCGAGUUCAUUGACAACCAAGAUAUUCUUGAUCUUAUUGAGAAGAAACCAGGGGGAAUCAUUGCUCUUCUGGACGAGACUUGUAUGCUACCAAGAUCAACUCAUGAAACAUUUGCCCAGAAGUUAUAUCAAACAUUUAAAGAUCAUCCACGCUUUAGCAAGCCUAAAUUUUCACAGUCUGGCUUCACCAUCCAUCAUUAUGCUGGUGAUGUCACAUAUCAAACAGAACUUUUCUUGGAUAAGAACAAAGAUUAUGUUGUCAAUGAGCAUCAAGCCCUAUUGAAUGCUUCGGAAUGCCACUUUGUUUCAAGUCUAUUUCCACUUCUCUCUGAAGACUCAUCUAAAUCUUCAAAAUUUUCAUCAAUUGGCUUAAGGUUCAAGCAACAAUUGCAAACUUUGUUAGAGACUUUAAGUGCCACGGAACCACACUACGUACGUUGUGUUAAGCCUAACAACCUUCUUAAGCCAGCAAUUUUUGAGAAUAGUAACGUCAUCCAGCAACUGCGAUGUGGAGGAGUGCUGGAGGCGAUCAGGAUUAGCUGUGCGGGAUAUCCAACAAGGCGCACAUUCGAUGAAUUCGUGGAUCGUUUUGGUGUCCUGGCACCUGAAAUUAUCAAAGAAAGUUCUGAUGAAGUCAUUACUUCAAAGCGGAUUCUCGAGAAGGUUGAUCUUAGAGGUUAUCAAGUAUCUGAGGCUAAAGAACCAGCAUCCAAAUUAGAUGCCGCGCUUGAGAAAUCACCGCUCUUGAUCUGGGUGAUGGCCAAGAUUGUUGAUUCCAUCCCCGAGCUAUAUGUUUCAUUGCAGACAUUCAAGGCCGCUCUUUGCCAAUGCGAGAGGCUUUGGUUCUUCAACAGCCGUUGCACUACACCCAACGUGUGA